AUCUGAAAUCUUCUUGAGUAUUGGUCUCGCAAAAGAUAUCAUCAUAUUAUUAAAUAAAAAGAAACAACACAAAAGGCAUAAAAACUAUAUAAAUAAAUACAAAAAAUUUUUAUAAAAGAAAAUUUCAAAAUCUUACAUAAAUUAACAUCUAUCGCUUACGAAACAUUGCAAAAGAAAUAACCGAAAGAAUACAUAUUGUGUUGGCUGGUUGCCUGUCUGUGUUUUGCUUGCAGAGUUUUGUUUUGCCGUGCCGUGUGUUAAGAACAAAACGGAAGAGAAUUUCUACGAUAAUCUGGAAAUAGAAAACGGUGUAUUGACUUUUGUGGAUUUGUUUGGAUUUUUAAACCAGAAGCAAAGAAUUCAUAUGGCAUAUUAAUUGCCAUCCAUUUGUGGAACCAUUGGAGGAGACGCAGGUGUGCGUGUGUGUGUGCUUGUGGGUUUUUGCGAAGGAAGGCGGACAACAAAUUGGCAUAUUAUUCUUCUUAUCAAAUGACAAUUGUCCAUUGUUGCUGCUAUUAGUCAAGAAAGCAUUGUCGUGCUGCUACGUCUUUGCAAAGUGAUAAAAUUCAUAAAGUAUCACACUCCGACCCGCCCCACCAACCAAACAGCCACCCACCCCCUCACCCACACGCAAGCUAAUCAAAUAGAAAAGGCGACAACAAAAGACGUCAUUUGGUUAAACGAACGGGGUGGUGGUGUUGUAAAUAUUUGCAUUCAACCGGCAAGAAGCCAGCAACCAACAUUCAAGCCAUAAAUUCUCAUGGAAGACAAACAUUGAAGGCGACAAACACAAAACGGACAUCAUCAACACCACAAAAAAAAGAGAGAAGAAAAACAAAACAAAACAUGAAGUCAAUACCAGGCCUACAACCCACAAAUAUUAUUUAAACAAGAGUAUCAAGUAAUUAAAGGGAGGUCCAUACAUUUGGAUAUUUAUGCACCAGAAAUUGCGUAUUUUCUUGUUGUUUAAUCAAGGAGAUAAAGACGGCGACAACAACAACAACGACGCCAAGAAAAUGCUAACCCGCACACAGAAAUUAAUAUUGGGUGUUACCAUACUCAUAAUGGUCGAUGUGAUAUGGGUGACUUCAAGUGAAUUAACAAAGUUUCUCUACGAAGAUGCUCACUUUGAUAAGCCCUUUUUCUGCACAUAUUUUAAGACCUCCAUGUUUACAAUUUAUUUGGUAAUCAUUGGUUUGAUUGCACCCUGGAAGGAGUCGUGUGAUAGACAAAAUGGCAACUAUUCGAUGAUGGAUCAAAAUUCCGAAGAUGAUAACUAUUACUCCCACCAACCAUCACUGAGUGAUCCCACAUUUGUACCCAUACGCUCGGCAGCUAGCAUAGGAAAUGGUCCAAUUUCCGGUACCGAAAGCGAUGAUUCCAGCAUACGCUCGGUGCGUUUUAGUAAAUUGGCUGAGGUACGUGAGAUGUCAGCCCAUGAGGCAACAGAAGCUCUAAUGGCAAGACUCUCGUAUACGGCUAGUAUGCGUAUCAGUCGGCAAAAAUCCCAUCAUAAGACAGCCAAAACGGCAUUGCUGUUUUGUGUUUUGUGGUUCUUGGCCAAUUACAUAUUUCAAGUUUCGUUGGAAAUGACAGAAACUGCAGUGGUUACAAUGUUAUCAUCAUCAUCCUCCCUCUUCACCUUGGUAUUGGCGGCAUUUUUCCCCUCAUCAACGGGCGAUAAAUUUACCAUAACAAAAAUCGUUGCAGUUGCCAUGAAUAUUGCUGGUGUGGUAACAAUUACAAUAUCCGAUAUUCACGAUGCGAACUUCUCCCGUGGGGCCUUGUUGGCCUUGUUCAGUGCAUUCUUCUAUGCCGCCUAUUUGGUGUUUGUCAAAAGAAAAAGCGACACCGAAGAGAAAAUUGAUAUUCCAUUAUUUUUUGGAUUUGUUGGCCUUUGGAAUCUAUUGCUAAUGUGGCCAGUAUUCUUCAUAUUGAAUUUUACAAAAAUUGAAAAAUUCGAGCUACCAAAUCAAAAUCAAUUUGCCAUUUUAUUUUUAAAUGGCCUAAUUGGUACAGUGGUCAGCGAGGCUUUGUGGUUGUGGGGCUGCUUUUUAACCUCUUCCUUGAUUGGCACAAUUGCCAUGUCACUGCAAAUCCCCCUGUCAAUAUUGUUUGAUGUCUUCCUAAAGAGGAAACCCUACUCACCGCUAUUCUACAUAGGUUCCCUGCCUAUAUUUUUCGCAUUAAUUCUAGUGGCUUUACUGAUGCGCAACGAUGACACGGAUCCAUUGAUGCGCCUCUUCAAGGUUAUCUAUAGAAAAUGUUGCAGUUGUAAGAAGCCAAAUAUUGUUAGAAUAAACGACGAGGAGCAACAAGAAUCGCUUAUUGGAAGCAAUGACUGAUCAUUUUACUAAGUUUCAUUUGACGUUCCCGCCUUUCCGAUUAUAGUUUUCAAAAAAACGCAACACAUCUUCAAAAUUUAAUUGCAACAAUAUAAAUUUCCCCCCCUCACCACCACAUAUAUAUGCCUCCAAACAUUGCUCAGUUCUCUAAAGAAAACCAAGAAGUAUAAGUUCGAACAUUCUUGCAUGCAUUUAGUUAAAUUAAUUUUUUGUAAUGCUUUUUGUAAUUUACAUAUAUCCCUUAUGAUUUCGAUCUCUUCUUUUUAAUUUGUUUCACGUUUUUAAUUACUUCUUUAUUUCUUUCUAUUUGUUUUGCUAUAAAAAUUCUUAAAAUAUUCUCCCUUCUCCCGAAUUGUACAAAGUUGUAAAUUAUUUGUUUUCCUCUUCUUUUUUUUUUGUAGCUUUCUAAUAUAAAAUAAUUAGUAAAAAUUAUACUCUCAUUAUUAUUAGUCUUUAUGGGAUUAAAUUAUACAUAACAACAAUUAUAUUGUAUUUAAGUAGUAGUUAAGCUAUUUUAUUUUAAAUUAUAAUUAUUAUAUACAUAUAUACAAGAUUACAACUAGGCUUAGUGGUGUUUUUAUUAUUUAUUCUUAUAAUUUUCUUUUUAAUGUAACCGAAUGCAGAAAUUUACAUUUUUAUUUAUUAUCAUUUAAAAGAGAGAAAAGAAAACUCAACAACAAAAUAAUAAUGAUUUAUGCUACAAAUUAUACAAACAUUCAUAUGUGGUAUUUUAUGUUAACAACAAUAAAAAUUGAAACCAACAAGUUAUUAUUUAAAUAAAAUAGCAAAUAAAAUAAUA